CCGACGAACUGCAGCGACUACUGCAAGGGCGCCGUCCGGGAAAUCCUGCUCGAGUACAAACUGCUGCACGGUUACAUUUCACUUGUGAUAUGCUUCUUCGGUACCAUAGCCAAUAUUCUCAACAUUAUAGUGCUCACGAGGAAGGACAUGACCAAAGUGCCCAUCAAUCGCAUUCUAAAGUGGCUCUCGGUGACGGAUAUGUUCGUCAUGAUUGAGUAUAUACCGUUCGCAUUUUAUAUGUACCUAAUUCUACCAGAUCGUCGGGACUAUCCAUACUCCUGGGCCGCAUAUCUGAUGUUUCACAUGCACUUCACUCAAAUUCUGCACACCAUCUCCAUCCUGCUCACGGUAACACUCGCCAUAUGGAGAUACAUAGCAAUUAAACAUCCGCACGGGUCGCUGGCCAUUUACGCCCAGUCAAACUACGGCCAGGCCAUCGCACUGUGCUACAUUCUGGCGCCGAUCCUGUGCUUCCCGACCUACUUCGUCUUCACGAUACGGCAGACGUUCGUCUUCGAGGGCGACACCCAGCUGGUGCUGUACCACUUGGACACGGAUGAGAGCGCCAUCGUCUAUCGGUACAACUUCUGGAUCCACUCGGUGAUAAUCAAACUGAUACCCUGCACCAUCCUGACCGUCAUCAGCUGCGUGCUAAUACAGGUCCUGUGGAAAGCUAGUAAGAGGCGUAUAAAGUUGAAACAGGGUGGAAAUUAUCCGAAAAACGGAGCCCCAUCGGUUACGCCACAGAGUGGCGGUACUAGCACGGGGAACCCACCAUCCACGGAUCGACGGGCGGAUCGAACCACCACGCUUCUCGUGGCAGUCCUGCUGCUGUUUCUGUUCACCGAGUUUCCCCAGGGCAUUCUCGGGCUGCUCAGUGGCAUGCUGGAAAAGUGUUUCUUCCGCCGCUGCUACGGUCUGUUCGGCGAGGUGAUGGACCUGCUAGCCUUAAUUAACGCUGCCAUCGGGUUCGUCCUGUACGGGCUGAUGUCCAAGCAGUUCCGCACGAGCUUCAAGUCGGUUUUUUUCAAAACUCCAACCCAUAGGGCCGAGAAUACGCGUAUGACCGGCAUCACGACAACCUGUGUCUGA